GAAUUGUGGGACUUGUAGUUCUUACCACCACGCAGCGGCUCUGCUAAUAUCAACUGGCACGCUCUCACGCCAGUGAUCCUGCCAUGCGGGACCUCCUGUAAACGGGAGGUUAGUAACGUUGCCCAACCUCAAGCUACUUUGAGCGGUCGUCAUGUCAUUUUGUUUCAACUUCGACGUGCCAGCGUCAUCUGUAAAGUCGGACGGCGUGCACGGGCACGGACUGCAAGACGAAAAGAAAGACAAGGCUGCUGCAUCUCCGCAGGACAAUACUGAACCAGCAGAGCCAGCAAAGGAGGCCAAAGAGCACCUUUUACCAUCUGACCCACAGUUCCUCCUUGCGGAUGCUGUGUCUGAAACGGUUACCAUCGGAACCCUUCCUCCUCUCCACUUCCUCAACGAGACCGUUUUCGAGAAGACAGCCCCGGAAAGAGAGGACGAUGAGAGAAUUCUCUCUCGCACUGCGGAGCAGAGGUCUGAUCUCAUCCCGGGCGUGUAUGAGGGGGGGCUGAAGGUGUGGGAGUGCACUUACGACCUUCUGGAGAUCAUUGAGAAAGACGGCGAGACCUUUGGGGGGAAGGCAGUUUUAGAUUUGGGCUGUGGUGCGGGGCUGUUGGGGAUACUGGCUCUGAAGAGAGGAGCCAGGCACAUCCACUUUCAAGAUUACAACAGCACAGUUAUUGAACAGCUCACAGUGCCAACUGUUUUACUAAACUGCCAAGAGGAUGAUGACAUAGAGAGUGAAGAUGACACAGAAGGGAGGGGCAAGGGAAAAGCACAAGAGAAAGAUGGUUGUGAAAAAACAUUGAAAGAGAAGCAAGGGGUAAAAGAUGGCAGCCCACCUCCGAAGAAAAUUGCCUUAGGCCAAUCCCAGCAUCUAUCUAAGUGUCGUUUUUUCUCCGGUGACUGGAGCACAUUUCUUGAUUUGAUUCUGAAGACAGGCCCACAACCCAAAUAUGAUAUCAUAUUCACCUCAGAGACAAUCUACAACACGGCUUACUACCCUGUCCUCCAUGAGACCCUUCACAAACUGCUGGCCCCAGGCGGGCUCGUCUACCUCGCCACCAAAUCCCACUACUUCGGUGUUGGUGGUGGACUGCAUCUGUUUGAGAGCUUUGUGGAGCAGACGGGUACUUUCUCUGUGGAUCACCUGUGGGAUGGGGAUGAAGGACUUCAGAGACAUGUGGUAGUCCUACGUUUUAAAAAGCCAGAAGACACUGGAGUAGGGCCCAUCAGAGACUCUUGUCAAUAAAAGUGAUCAGCAUUUUUUUCCUGGCCCUCGACGUGAUGCUUGUAAAUUAUAUGUAACAGCAACAUUGGCUGAACAUGGAAUAGCUGUAAUAAAACAAAAUGCUGUCUCAUCUUG